CACGGACCGUGCAUGGAGAAACGGUUCAAUAACUCGGAAACGGCGAAUUCUCUUGGCUCUUUUCUCUUAACCUUGGUUUCGGUCUCUCCAAUCGGGGUAAAAUGCCCCUCACCGUUUUCCGCCCACGGUCCGUGCAGCACGGAUAAUCUGAUACGGGGUCUGGGGAACCAUAUCUUAUAAAAGGAAUUGGAUCACGGUGUCUCAUCAUGUCUAAAACAGUGAUUCAGAUCAACACCUUUUCACACACUAAUAUACCCACGCCAUGACUAGUAAAAACGAACGCAUUGUCAUCAUCGGAGCGGGCAUCUUUGGCCUGGGCACCGCGCUGAGGUUGAAGGAAGAGGGUUAUCGCUAUGUGACCGUUCUCGACCGAGCGAUGCCUCCUGUCCCCGACGGUUCCAGUAAUGACAUUUCCCGGGUGAUUCGUUUCGACUAUGGAGAUGAGGUAUACGCCCGCAUGGGCAAGGAGGCCUUCGAUCUGUGGAAGACACCUGCUUACAAAGAAGCCUUCCAUCAAUCUGGAUGCCUCUGGGUCACGCAGAAGGACACCCCCGGACAGCCCGUUCAGCCUGCUGCGGAGGAGUACAGUCGCAAGACCCGAGAGAUUCUGACCAAGAUGGGUGAGCCCUGGCAUGCGGUCCCCACGGUGGAAGACGCUAAGAGGGAAUUCCCCGAACUCACUGGCUCGCUCGGAACUCCUGGCUUCUAUUCCUUUUUCAACAACUCGGGCGGAUGGGCCGAUGCAGGUCUGGCGUCUGCUCGUGUGGCUGCCCGGUGUAUCGCGGCGGGCGUGUCAUUCAUCACGGGCCCCGAUGGCCAGGUGACUGAUUUCGAGAAGAGGGCUGAUGGCACGAUCGAAGCCGUCCGCACGAGCAGUGGCAACCGCAUCGCCGCCGACAAGUUCAUCGCCGCGACCGGUGCCUGGACCGCCAGUCUCGUCCCGUCCUGGAAUUCCAUGAUUGCCGCCGCUCAGAUUGUCGGAUAUAUGCGGCUCACCCCGGAGGAGAUGAUCCGGCUAAAGAAUAUGCCCGUCUACUUCAAUCUCUCCACGGGGUUCUUCUGCUUCCCUCCCCAUGACGGAACCAAUAUCCUGAAGGUCGCCGUCCACAGCUAUGGCUAUACUCACUCAUCCGAGGACGGCAUUUCCGCGCCCCCAGCUGCUCCGCCGUCUUCCCGCGCCAACUUCAUCCCAGACGAGGCCGUCAAACGUCUGCACCUUGGCAUGAAGGAUCUCUUCCCGGAGCUCGAGCCCAAGGGGUUCGAACGUGUAGCCCUGUGCUGGUACAACGAUACCCCAACCGGUGAUUUCAUUAUGGACUAUCACCCGGAUCACAAGAACCUGUUCAUCGCGACGGGUGGUAGCGGACAGUAAGGAGCCAGACCCCACCAUCAUGAAGAGAACAGCCCGGACUGAC